UAUAUGUACUGCUACACACCUAUGUGGGGGGCCCCUCUACGUGUCUAUGUGCAGGGCCUGGCCUUGGGGCCUGUGGUUUGUUCUUCACCAAUGCCUCAAAACCAGGGUUUCUCCUAACAGAAAAGUGCCAGAAACCCACCGGAGACCCAUAUCUGCGCUUUGCCCCAGACAAGCUGUACUAUGCCAGGGAGGAGCUGGUGACUCUGAGCUGCCCAAAGGAUCAUGAGCCCUCGCAGCCCAUGAUCCGAUGCCUCUGGAAUGGGAGCCACAGUGUGUGGAGCGAGGCGGCCACCUGCCAGAGAAAGUGCCAGGAACCAGACACCUGGAACAGAGGGGCUGAGUUCACGCCAAAACAGUCAUCCUACAACCCAGGCGAUGUGGUGAUGUGGAGCUGCAAGGAGGGCUAUUGGCCCUCAGUGCCCCAGAGCACCUGCACAAAGUUGGGGACCUGGAGUGAGACUGUCUAUUGUGUGGAAAAGUGCGGAGAGCCAGUCCCCAGGGAUGUCCGGGCUGAGUUCACACCCAAACAGCCCUCCUACAAGCCAGGAGACUCGGUGACAUGGAGCUGCCCUGAGGGGUAUCGGCCCUCGCUGGCCAACAGCACAUGCACGCAGUCAGGGAGCAGGAGUAUGUGGACUCCGACUGCCUGGUGUGUUGGGUUUUGUACACUUAGUGGAAACUGGCUCCAGCUCAUGUUUACAGAAUCCCUCCCGACAGAGCUUGACGUCGGUAAGAUGGUCCAGGUGAGCUGUCGCCAGGAGCAGUUUGAGUGGGGCUCAGGCUGGCUGCAGUGUGUGGACCGAGCCGGGCGUCCUGAGUGGGACACGAGCCACGUGAGGUGCAUCGAGAAAUGCCGCAGGCCCCAAUGGGACCCCAGACUCCAGGUUGCACCAGACCGACCGUUUUAUAGCCGGAAUGAGAGGGUGAAGCUGAGCUGCCUGGAUGGGUCUCCUCCAUCGCUCCCUGUGAUCUACUGUGCGAGGCGAGAUCAGGAUAAGCAGAAUGUCUGGGCUGUGGGGGAUGGCUGGAGCGGAUGGCGCCACAUUGAAGAGAACGUGAUCUGUGCAGACAGCCCCAACAUCACCACUGGGACACCAAAGAUUACACCCACUAGCAUUAGCCUCAGCUGGAGUUGCACACCCUCUAAGUCCUGCCUGAGCAUUUCAGCCAUGGAGGUCAAGUGCCUGCUGGCUGGACCCCAGGCCAACCCCUGCCGGAGGCCAGCAGACAGCGCAGGGGAGACAUUAGGAGGCCGGGCUGGGACACUUACCUGCAGCAAGCUGCAACCCUUCACCCUCUACAACGUCACCAUCUCUGCACGAUAUGGGGCUACCAGAUCCUCCCCCAGUGCUGUCCUCUACACGCAGCUGCUCAGGACAAAUGAAACAGUGCCAGGCCAGCCCCAGAUAGAGCCGACGGACCCCAGCACCGGAUCCCUGCGGUGGAAGCAGCUGCUGUCCUGCCACGGGGACAUCCUCGGGUACCAGCUGAACAUCACAGCUUGGAGAGAGUACAACGGCAGCUUCCGCGAGGCACGGGUGGUGCAGGUGAAUGCAUCGGUCGCUGAGUACAGACCUCCCCGCUGGAGACCCGGGACCAACUACACGGUGACAGUCCAGGGCCUAACAGCCGCCGGCCUCGGAAAGGCAUCAAAAUACGCCUUUGAAACGGAGAUUGCAGAUCCGGACAUCCCUUCUGCCAUCAGGAGCCUGAGCAUCCGUGAGGUCUCCCAGAGUGGGACAGCCGUGCUCCCCCUGCACCCCGUUCCUGAGCUCCACGGCCCGAUACAGGAGUACCAGAUCAUCGUCACUGUGGGGUCCAAUGGCAGCGGAGCAGAUGACUGUCUUGCACGGGACCUGCAACCAUUUAAUGCCAGCCAGGGGCACAAGGCAUAUGUAGCAGCUGUGGUCCCCACACACAACCUGACGGGCCCCAUGGACUUCGUGCUAGGGGAUGGGGUCUGUCGCGAGGGGUACUGCAAUGCUCCCCUCCAGCUCGGCCAGAACUACACGGCCCUGGUCCGCGUCGUCAGCCGUUGGAAGCAGGUGGAGAAAGCCAGCUGCGUGCACUACGACUUCUCUGUUGGGUCGGUCUCGAAGGAGGAGCCUCUGAGUAAAGCUGUAGCACUGGCUGUGGUGGUGGCGGUCCUGGUGCUCCUGGUAGCUAUGGCUGUGCUGGUCUUGCUCUCCAGGAGGAAGCGGAAGAAGUCAAAGGACCAUGAGAGCAAUGGCACGAUCCCCCUGAGGAGGAGUCGAGCAGGGGCAAGCAAGCUGAACACUCAGAUCCUGGUGCCUGAACUGCUGGAGACUCUGAAGAGGUUUAGGAGAGCAGAAAUGGCAGCGGAGGAGGAGGCAGAAGAAGACACAGACCUUGAGAGGCCGAAAGCUGGGUGCGAAGCUGAGUAUCAGAAGCUGAUCUCAGGUUUGCUGCAUGCCUGCGACGCUGGGAAGGAGCCCUGCAACCAGGGCAAGAACCGCUACAAGAACAUCAUCCCAUACGAUCAUGCCCGCGUGGUGCUGCAGUCCGCUGAGCCAUCGUCUGAUUACAUCAAUGCCAGCUACGUAGAUAGCUACAGGAGCCCCCGCUACUUCAUCGCAGCUCAGGGCCCUCUGCAGGGUACGGUGGAGGACUUCUGGCAGAUGAUCUGGCAGGAGAAGACCUCAGUCAUCGUGAUGUUAACUGACCUGGUGGAGCAGAAUAAGACCAAGUGCAAGCAAUACUGGCCGGAGCAGGAGCAGGAGUACAGGGACAUCACGGUGACACUCAGCAACAUGAGGAUCACCACGGGCUUCAUCACACGCACUUUCCGCUUGCAGAAGGCGGGCUGUCCCCUUCCGAGACUCGUGGAGCAGCUCCAUUACCAGCUGUGGCCAGACCACGGCGUGCCCCGAAACCCAGCCCAGCUCCUGCAGCUGGUGGAGAUGGUGAACAAGAGGGUGUCGGAGGCCUCGGGUGGCCCCGUGGUGGUGCACUGCAGUGCAGGGAUCGGCCGCACGGGCACCUUCGUCGCUCUAGACUCCCUCCUGAAGAUGGCCAGGGCCGAGGGCAAGGUGGACGUCUUCCAGUGCGUGCAGAAGCUGCGGGAGCAGCGGGUCAGCAUGGUGCAAACCAAGGAGCAGUACGCCUUCUUGUACGAGGUGCUGCUGGAGGGGCUGCUGUGCGGCAACACGGGGGUCCCGGUGGAGAACGUCUGCAGCCACGUCGACCAUCUCAAGGCGCUCGACCCCCAGACGCAGACCAGCAGGCUCACGCAGGAGUUCAAGGCACUGCAGAAGUUCUCCGAGCUGUUCCAGCUCUCCGCGUGCAGAGAGGCCGAGAAGCCCAGCAACCAGCCCAAGAACCGCAAGCCAACGAUCCUGCCAGCGGAUCGCAACCGCCCCAUCCUGAUGUCCUCCCUGAAACUGGACGGCUCGCCAGGCUACAUCAACGCCGUCUUUGUCAGCACGUACACUGAAGAUGACCGUGUGAUCGUCACCCAGCUGCCGCUCAAGGAGACAGUGGUGGACUUCUGGGCUCUGCUCUGGGACUACACCACCUACCUGGAGUUCUGGCCUAGUCACGGAGAGUCCACCUACGGCCGUUUCCACGUCACGCUGAUCUCAGAGGAGCCGGGAGCUGGCUUCACCGUCCGGACGCUUGCUGUAGCCAACAAGCAGCAGGCCUUUUUAAAACCUCCCUGA